AUGGAGCGAUCUGGGUCCCAGCUGCAUGGGGAAGAGCAGAGCUGGUGGGGGAGCGCCCCUCAAUACCAGUACCUGCCCUUUGAGCACUGCACCAGCUAUGGACUGCCCUCGGAGAACGGAGGCCCCGAGCAUAGGCUCCGGAGGGGGGCCGGCCCCCGCCCCAACACGCACCCCACACAGAUUUACGGGCACCACCGCAAAGAGCAGUUUCCAAGCAAGGAGCAGCCCCCCGAGGCGCCCACCAAGACGGGCUCCAGCUCCUCUGAGGAUGGCCGGGAGGAGGAGCGUUACUCCAAGUGUCAAGACUGUAUCCGCCGCCUGGGCCGCGCGGUGAGAAGACAGCUGGGGGAAGACUGGAUCUUCCUGGUGCUGCUGGGCCUGCUCAUGGCCCUGGUCAGCUGGUGCAUGGACUACAUCAGCGCCAAAGCCCUGCAGGCCUACAAGUGGACCUACUACCGCAUGCAGCCCAACCUCGCCCUGCAGUUCCUGGCCUGGGUCACCUUCCCACUGGUCCUCAUCCUCUUCAGCGCCCUCUUCUGCCAGCUCAUCUCCCCGCAAGCCGUCGGCUCGGGCAUCCCGGAGAUGAAGACCAUCCUGCGCGGGGUGGUGCUGAAGGAGUACCUCACGCUCAAGGCCUUCGUGGCCAAGGUGGUGGCGCUGACGGCCGGACUGAGCAGCGGCAUCCCCGUGGGCAAGGAGGGCCCCUUUGUCCACAUCGCCAGCAUCUGUGCAGCUGUGCUCAGCAAGUUCAUGUCGGUGUUCUGCGGCGUCUAUGAGCAGCCCUACUAUUACACCGACACCCUGACGGUGGGCUGUGCGGUGGGCGUCGGCUGCUGUUUUGGGACACCGCUCGGAGGAGUGCUCUUCAGCAUCGAGGUCACCUCCACCUACUUUGCGGUGCGCAACUACUGGCGUGGCUUCUUCGCGGCCACAUUCAGUGCCUUUGUGUUCCGGGUACUGGCUGUGUGGAACAAGGAUGCAGUCACCAUCACCGCUCUCUUCAGAACCAACUUCCGGAUGGAUUUCACCUUUGACCUGAAGGAACUCCCAGCCUUCGCCUUCAUCGGGAUCUGCUGCGGGCUGCUGGGAGCCGUGUUCGUGUACCUGCACCGCCAGGUCACGCUGGGCGUCCGCAAGCACAAGGCCCUCAGCCAGUUCCUGGCUAAGCAUCGCCUGCUGUACCCCGCAGUCAUCACCUUUGUCAUCGCCUCCUUCACCUUCCCGCCGGGAGUGGGCCAGUUCAUGGCUGGAGAGCUGAUGCCUCGGGAAGCCAUCAGCACUCUGUUUGACAACAACACCUGGGUGCGACACAUAGGUGACCCGGAGAGCCUGGGCCGGUCAGCUGUGUGGCUCCACCCACAGGUCAAUGUGGUCAUCAUCAUCUUCCUCUUCUUUAUCAUGAAGUUCUGGAUGUCCAUCGUGGCCACCACUAUGCCUAUCCCCUGCGGGGGCUUCAUGCCUGUGUUUGUAUUAGGAGCUGCUUUUGGGAGGCUGGUAGGAGAGAUCAUGGCGAUGAUAUUCCCUGAUGGUAUCUUAUUUGACGGCAUCCUCUACAAGAUCCUCCCUGGGGGCUACGCAGUCAUUGGAGCAGCCGCGCUCACGGGCGCCGUGUCCCACACAGUGUCCACGGCUGUGAUUUGCUUCGAGUUGACGGGUCAGAUUGCACACAUCCUACCCAUGAUGGUGGCUGUGAUCUUGGCCAACAUGGUGGCCCAGAGCCUGCAGCCCUCCCUCUAUGACAGUAUCAUCCAGGUCAAGAAGCUUCCCUACUUGCCUGACCUUGGUUGGAACCAGCUCAGCAAAUUUACAAUCUUUGUUGAAGACAUCAUGGUUCGUGAUGUGAAGUUUGUGUCAGCUACUUGCACGUAUGGAGAGUUGAAAACUCUGCUCCAGACCACCACGGUCAAGACUUUACCCUUGGUUGAUUCCAAAGAUUCCAUGACCCUGCUGGGCUCAGUGGAGCGCUCGGAGCUGCAGGCCUUACUGCAGCAGCACCUGGCCCCGGAGCGGAGGCUGCGGGCCGCCCAGGACCUGGCCCAGAAGCUGUCCCAGCUGCCUUAUGACGGGAAGUCGCCCCCCGGCCUCUGGCCCCUGGGCCGCCCCGAGUCCUUCGCCUUCGUGGAUGAGGAUGAAGAGGAGGACCUCUCUGGAAAGCCGCAGACGCCUCCUCUCUCACCGCCUCACCCCUUUCCUCCUGCUCCACCAGCCCCGGAAAAGCCCAACGGGCCACUGCCUGGCCCCCAACAGCAGCCAGAGGCACCAGAGCCUGCAGGCCAAAGGCGCUCUGUCUUUCGGAGUCUGCUGCGUUGCUUGCUGGGCAGAAGUCAUCCCCCAAAGAAGAAACCAACUCAGGACUCCCCCAACUUAGUGGACACCAUGUCCCCUGAAGAGAUCGAGGCCUGGGAGCAGGAGCAGCUACGCCAGCCCGUGUGCUUCGACUGCUGCUGCAUCGACCAGUCGCCCUUCCAGCUGGUGGAACAGACAUCCCUGCACAAGACGCACACGCUCUUCUCGCUCCUGGGCCUCCACCUGGCCUACGUGACCAGCAUGGGGAAGCUCAGGGGCGUGCUGGCCUUGGACGAGCUCCAGAAGGCUAUCGAGGGCCACACCAAGUCGGGGCUGCAGCUCCGCCCGCCGCUGGCCAGCUUCCGGAACACAACGACUCGAAGAAGCUCCAGGGGUCUGCCCCCAACGGGAGAGCCCUGGAGUCUUCCAGGGGACAGGGUGGGAGCGGGGGUUGAGGCUCCUGCCGCCCCCGAGACAGAGACAGAGACUCCGGCCCCCGCCUCUCCCCCCGCGCCCCCCCCCCCCGAGCUGGAGGAGCUGGAGCUGGUGGGGGACCCGGGGGCUGCCCCCGAGGACGACCUGGCUGACAUCCUGCAGGGCCCCAGCCUGCGCUCCACGGAGGAGGAGGACGAGGACGAGGUGAUGCUGUGA